AUGGUCAACCGCAAGACUUCCGGCCUCAUGGCCGUGUUGACUACGGCCGCAACAGUUGCCGCCCACGGUCACGUCACCAACGUCGUCGUCAACGGCGUUUCUUACCGCAACUACAUCCCCGUGCAGGACCCGUACACCAACAACCCGCCCCUUGUGGCUGGAUGGACUAUCGAGCAGCGUGACAACGGGUUCGUCGCUCCCAACGCAUACAACGCGCCGGACAUCAUCUGCCACAGACAAGCGGUCUCGGCAAGAGCCCGCAUCACAGUCGCUGCUGGAGACACCAUUCAGCUCCAGUGGACCGAGUGGCCGGAUAGUCACAAGGGCCCCGUCAUUGACUGGCUCGCGAACUGCAAUGGCCCGUGUAACCUCGUCGAUAAGACCGACCUUCGCUUCUUCAAGAUCGACGGCGCCGGUUUGAUCAACCCUCCGCAGCGGGAGAAUCGCUGGGCAGCGAGCGUCCUCAUUAACAACGGAAACGCCUGGCUCGUCCGGAUCCCGCCCAACGUCGCCCCCGGCCACUAUGUUCUCCGCCACGACAUCAUCGCUCUCCAUAGUGCCGAACAGCAGAACGGCGCGCAGAGCUACCCCCAGUGCAUCAACCUCGAGAUCACGGGUGAGGGCACGUACAACCCGCCAGGAACUCCGGGAACCGCUCUUUACAAGGCCAACGAUGCCGGCAUUCUGUACAACAUCUACCGGGACAACCUCAACGACUACGUGGUCCCCGGAGACGCCAUCAUCUCUGGCGGCGUUUCCAUGCUGCCACAGUCCCGGAUCCAGAUCACCGCCUCCGGCACCGCUACCCCUUAUGGCACAACCAGAGUCGUCCCUUCAUCGAGUACAACCCAAAUUGUGCCUUCAUCCAGCACAACCCGAGUCGUGCCUUCAUCUAGCUCUGAGACCACCGCCAUCUCCUCCUCUGCCGCGACGAGCCCAUCUUCCAUAGAGGUUGAGACCAGCAUCACUAUCAGCUUGACCAACACCGUCACGGCAACCUUGACCACCCGAACCAGCAGCAACAGCCCACCCAGCAGCACAGCAGCACCCUCUCAAACCCCAAUACCGACAACACUGCAAACACAGACGACAACGGCCCCUCCAUCCGGAGAGCCUUUACAGGGCUUGUACGGCCAGUGCGGUGGCGUCAAUUACGCUGGCCCUACCAAGUGCGUUGACUACGCGACCUGCUCAACCGUGAAUCUGUACUAUGCGCAGUGCACCCCUGCUCCCGUACCAGCCGGGGCACAGUCUCUGUACGGUCAGUGUGGCGGGAUGAACUGGCCGGCAGCGAGCCCAACUGCAUGCGUCCCAGGGGCUCGGUGCUCCACGGUCAACCCUUACUACGCCCAAUGUACUCCCGCUUGA